AUGACUCACACGAUCACGCUCGGCAAGCGGAAGACGCACGGCAGCGGCGAGCGGCCUCGCCUCUUGCAAUUGCUGCUCCCGCCGCUGCUCCUCGUCGUCGCAACAGUCGCGGGGCUGUCGCACUGGAGCCUGUCGCGCGACAAAAGCGACUUCACGGUUCUCAACGGAAAGGCGCUGCUCAAAGCGUCGCAGAAAAUCGCGGAUUUGUGGAAAGCGAGCGGCGAGACCGGGGAAUUGAGUGGGUAUCUUGCAGAUGGUAGCGAAGACGCGCAUAUCGGGGACGGCGGGAGGGCGAGCGAGAUGGAUCUGUGGAGGUGCGCGGACGGCAGUGGGAGAAACGAAUGCGGCGAUGCCGCCGCACUGAUUCUUGCAGAGGCGCGCUGCAGAAGCGCGUGCAUGCAGUGUAGGGCCAUGCGGACUUCGCUUCACCACCACAUACUCACGCUCAUUCUCUUCUCAUCAGAUUCCCCCCCCCUCACACCCUUCCCUCACCCCCCUCGUUCCCUCUUCCCCCUCCCCCCCAUCCCUCUCCUCCCCCUUCUCUUUCGCAUCCCUUCUCCUCCCCCCGGUCCCGUCCUUCCCCUCUCCUCUCCCCCCCCCUCUCCCCACCUCCCCAGGGCUCUCUAUCGGAGCGCCCACAGCAGCAGCAGCGGAGGGGAUGGGGCGGAGGGGUGGGGAGUGAGCGGGGGGAACGGCGGGGUGUGGGUGCGCGACCUGCCUGUGCGCAGCGACGCGCUGAAGGCGCAACUGGCCUCCACGCCGCAGCAGCAGGUGGUGCUGCGGCCAUGCAGGGGCAGGUCUUCCUCCCGCUCCCUGCCUCCUCCCCUGCACCUCUUUCUCGCGCCCCACUCUGCUGCUGCUGAAUACCACACCCCACACGAUUCACCAGCACACAGAGCUGCAGCAGAGGCGGCGGAGGGCGAGGGAGAGGGAGCGGGUCUGUUCCUGGGGGGCCAGGGAGAAGGCAUGGGGGUGGCGAGGGUGGCGCAAGGGAGGGUGGAGGUGGAGGGGUGUGAGUACGAGCGGCGGGUGGACGAGUGUCUGGGCGCACUGCAGCCGUCGCCGUUUGUGGCGGCGCUGGUGCUCAAGGAGGACGUGCACCGCCUCGCCACCUCCACUGCCUUCUAUGUUGAUCCUCUCGGCCCCUCAGGCUGUGCGGGCUGCAGCGAGGAGUCGGAGUAUUCACCUCCCAUGUGCGCCAUGCGCCGCAUCGCCAUGACCUACCUGGCCGACCGUGCCGUCUCCUUCACCCUCGCCGCCCACUCGCCCGCCCACGUGCCGCAAAUCAUGGACUACUUUCCCCCCGCCCGCUCCCCGCUGCUGCUCAAAGCCACCCAAUCGCGCGUUGCCACGUCUGCAGGUGGGUUCAAUGCGGUGCCUCUAGCCGCAGGUGGGUUCAAUGCGGUGCCUCUAGCUGUGGGUGGGUUCAAUGCGGUGUCUUUAUCUGUGGGUGGGGGCGCUGGUCCACACCAGCGCCCUCCCCCCUCCUUCCCCCACUCCUCUCAUACCUCUCAUACCCCCACUCCUCUCAUACCCCCACUCCUCUCAUACCCCCACUCCUCUCAUACCCCCACUCCACUCCACUGCUCCCCCUCCCCUUCCCUUCCCCGCCUCCCACAGGUAUCGAAGCUCUUUUCUCUCAGCCUAGCAGCCGGGCUGGUGGCCGUCAAUAGCAGCGCCGUGGAGCCUCCUUUCCCUCUUCUCCCCCUUCCUGUUCCCACUGCCCCUCCUCUUCUCCCCUCACUUCUCCUUCCCACAGGUAUCCGACCUCUUCUCGCUGAGCCUAGCAGCUGUCCUGGUGGCGAUGAACAGCAGCGCUGUGGAGCCUUCUUCCCCAAUCUCUCUCUUGCCCCCCCACUCUCUCUCUUGCCCCUCUACUUCCUUCCUCAGGCAUCCGAGCUCUUCUCACUGAGUCUGGCAGCCGGGCUGGUGGCGGUGAACAGCAGCGCUCUCGAGCCGCGCUUCAUUGCCGCCCAGGCCGCCCGGCGGUUGCCGUCCUUCCACCUGCACGUGUCCGUGUGCGGGCGGCAUGAGAUCCGGCCAAUCACAAAGCAGAAGUGGUCCAUGUUCACCAUGGUGGAAGAGAAGCUCAAGCUAUUCAUCUGCACGGUACCCAAGGUGGCGGCCAACUCGUGGCUCAUGUGGCUGCGCGCCAUGCUGGGGCAGCCGCACCCGGAGGACCCGCUGCUGGCACUGGACGAUGACAGGGCGGGCUGGCACAUGUUGCACGUGCACUUCACCGAGAAGCAGGCCGUGCGGGCAAUGACGCGGCCGGACCUCUUCCGCUUCACGUUCGUGCGCAACCCCUUCUCACGAGUGCUCUCAGCAUACACCAACAAGCUCGUCGUCACCGACUCGCCCAACAAUAAGACGGGGCCGGGGUCCAGAGAGUACUGGAACAAUGCGUUUUUCCGGCUGAUUCGGUCGCAGUGGGAGGCGGUGAAGGGGGAGGACGACCUGGUGUCGUUCCCUGACUUUGUGAAGCUCGUGGGCCUCGUGUUCAAGGAGAGGCGCUGGAACAUGGACCGCCACAUCGCGCUGCAGAGGGACGUGUGCGCGCUGGGGCUGAUAAAGUACGACUUUGUGGGGCGGUUUGAGAAUCUGGAGGAGGAUGCCAAGUAUGUGGUGAACCGAUUCGGAGGCGACCAUCUCGACAUCUUCAACUUCGGCGUCAACGCGCACCAGACCCGCGCCGACGAGAAGUUAGUGAAGAUGUAUGAUAAAGAAACAUACGAGCGGGUGAAGAAGCUUUAUGCACUGGACCUGGAAAUUCCGUUCAACAACGUUUCACACACCAUCCCCAAGCCUCUCGGCAAGGGAAAGGGCCGCAGGGGUGGUGGAGGUGGCAGCGGAGGAGGUGGUGGUGGAGGCGGUGGAGGCGGUGGAGGUGGCGGUGGAGGCGGCGGAGGUGGCGGUGGCGGCGGGAGUGGUGGUGGGAGUGGGGGCGGUGGCGGCGGUGGCGGCAGCGGCGGGAGUGGCGGUGGUGGUGCUCGCGGUGGCAGUGGGAGUGGUGGCGGCGGUAGUGGCGGCGGAGGGAGUGGUGGCGGCACCAGCGGCAGUGGUGGUGGUCGGGCUGGAGCAGGUCAGCACUAG